GUUAGCGGCGAUGGAGGAUGUUGUUAAUAUAAAUCUCCUUGGGCCAGACCGAGAGAAUCCGGGGAGGUGUGUUACACGUACGGACCUACAUAGCUAUCGUCGCGUAGAUUGCUAGCGAAGCACGGCGCUGUAUCUGUUACUGCAGACUAGAUUUGCAUAUCUAUCGCGAGUCCUACCUAAUUCACGCGCAAUUGAGAAAUUGCCGUGACGCGGGAAAGCAUAAUGGCGGGCGAUCUAAAGGCCCUCGAGGUCUCCGACCCGAGCUCGGAUAUCGAGAAAUCGGCCACCACGAAAGAGACAGUGAACUCGAGCCGCUCUUCCAAAGAGAUACCGACACCGACGACAACGACGAAAGCCGAAGUGGAAUACGGUUCGACCGACGACCACGUGUUCUCGGACCCGGCCGUGGCCGAGAAGUGGCGCCAGGUGUACGAGAAGGCGCGGUACGAGAACCGGCACCGCUUCGACCCGGAGUACAAGUGGACGGCGGAGGAAGAGAAGCGGCUGGUCAGGAAGAUUGACGCGAGGAUCAUGGUCUGGGCUUGGCUCAUGUUCUGCGCUCUCGACAUGCAUCGUAGGAAUAUCAACAGGGCUAUUUCAGAUAACAUGUUGGCCGAGAUUGGCAUGAACACAAACGACUACAACUACGGCCAGACCAUAUUCCUCGCCUGCUUCCUCGCCGCCGAGCUGCCCAGCGGGCUUAUAAGCAAGAAGCUCGGAGCCGACCGGUGGAUUCCGACGAUCAUGGUGGGCUGGUCGGUCACCGCCAUGUCGCAGGCCUUCAUCCACAACCGGUCCUCCUUCUACGCCAUCAAGGCGCUCCUCGGCCUGCUCAUGGGCGGCUUCAUCCCCGACAUCGUGCUGUGGCUCACCUACUUCUACAAGAGCAGGGAGCUCCCGCUGCGCCUGGCCUGGUUCUGGACGGCGCUCAGCACGGUCAACAUCGUCGGCUCGCUGCUCGCCGCGGGCAUCCUGCAGAUGCGCGGCAUCAACGGGUGGAGCGGCUGGCGCUGGCUGUUCCUGAUCGAGGGCCUGAUCACGACGCUCAUCGGCAUAUUCUCGUGGGGCCUCAUGCCGCCGGGUCCCACGCAGACCAAGCACUGGUUCCGAGGCAAGAACGGCUGGUUCACCGACCACGAGGAGUCCAUCCUGGUCAACCGGCUGCUCCGCGACGACCCGAGCAAAGGCGACAUGAACAACCGGCAAGCCGUCGGGCCUAGCCUGCUCUUCAAGGCAGCCUCGGACUGGGAGCAGUGGCCGCUCUACAUCAUCGGGCUCACGACGUACAUCCCGCCGGGGGCGCCGACCAACUACCUCUCGUACAUCCUGCGGCAGAUCGGCUUCUCCGUCUUCGAGGCGAACCUGCUCGCGAUCCCGUCGCAGUUCCUGUUCGCCGCCAACCUGCUCGCCGUGACGUGGAUAUCGCGGCGCGUGAACGAGCGCUCCAUCGUCAGUUCUAGUUCUAACGUCUGGAUCUUUCCCUGGGUGCUCGCGCUCGUGCUGCUGCCCGCGUCCGCGUCGCCGUGGGCGCGGUACGCGGUGCUGACGGGCCUGCUGUCGUACCCGUACUGCCACGCCAUCCUCGUCGCCUGGAACGCCAAGAACAGCAACGCGGUGCGCACCCGCGCCGUCUCCGCCGCGCUCUACAAUAUGUUCGUGCAGAGCGGCAACAUCAUCGCGGUCAACAUCUACCGAGACGACGACCAGCCCUUAUACCGCCGCGGCAACAAGAUCCUGCUGGCCAUCACGGUGUUCAACAUCGUCCUGUUCUACCUCGUCAAGGUGUUCUAUAUCUGGAGGAAUCGGGUCAGGGAUCGGAGGUGGAACGCGAUGAGUCCGGAGGAGCAGGAGAACUAUAUUUUGACGACGAAGGAUGAGGGAAUGCGGAGGCUAGAUUUCAGGUUCGCUCAUUAGGGGCUGGUUUGGAUCAUGGUGCGGGACUAGCGGAAAGUUCGGGAAUAUGUCGAUCCGCCUCUGUAUAGUAUAUACGCACUGGCGGCAUUGUAUGAUAUGUCCUUGAGUAUUCCCGGACUUUGAAGCUGUGUCAGACAUUUCAACUAUACCGACAUCCCUUCUCAUUUGAGAGCCCUCUUGAAUAUAGCGUCGCUUGAUAAAUAGACACAUAUCCACUCUAGAGUCGAUGAGGCUCCGAAUAGAAUUAUGAAAUCGUACACCGCGAAAAACACUU